GUUUUAGCUACUGUUUAAGGAAAUUGAGUUAUGGCGACGUUGACUGGUUUUAGAAGAGGAUCUAAAGAACAAUGAAGGGGCAUGUGCACCCGAGUCCCCUGUGCACUUACCAGCAGAGGAUGACUCACACAUAUCCUCAAGUUUUUAUCUUUUUACCCAAACUGAUCUUCAUCUGUGUUCGGUAACUUCGGUAACGGUGUGAUAAUCGCCUAAAGCCUUGGCCUUUUGUUGUUCUUGACUAACUUCCUUAAACCCCUUUCAGAUUUUGAGCUUGAAACUUUAAUUUGGGUUUAAAGAAAAGAAUAGAUUUUGCGGUUUUUGAUUUGGUACAAGCGAAGGUUAAGCACCUUAAUGGUUCUUCUCCGCACAAGUGCUGGAUUCAUCAAACGAUUCUCGACUUCAGCGACUCCAUCAACAUCCUCUGCUUCAGAUUGGAAAACACAACUGAACCUGUCCCGAGUAGCCACCGAAAUCUCUUCAAUUCUCUUACAGCGUCGUAACUGGAUCACUCAUCUUCAGUAUGUUAAAUCCAAGCUCCCAAAGUCAACACUUACUCCACCGGUAUUUCUCCAGAUACUUCGUGAAACUCGAAAAUGCCCUAAAAUAACUCUUGAUUUCUUCGAUUUUGCCCAAACCCAUCUCCAUUUUGAUCCGGAUGUUAAGUCACAAUGUCGAGUAAUCGAAGUUGCUACCGAAUCAGGUCUCUUGGAACGAGCAGAAACGCUCUUGCGUCCUCUGGUUGAAACCAAUUCUGUGUCUUUAGUUGUUGGAUCGUUGCAAAAGUGCUGUGAAGGUGAAGUUUCACUAUCCAUUUCGCUUAGUUUAGUUCUUGAGUGUUAUGCCUUGAAGGGUUGUUACCAAAAUGGCUUGGAAGUGUUUGGCUUUAUGAGAAGAUUGAGACUUUCGCCUUCUCUUCGUGCUUAUAACUCGCUUCUUGAUUCUCUGAUUAAAGAAGGCCAGUUUAGAGUGGCUUUGUGUUUGUAUAGUGCCAUGGUUCGAAAUCAGGUUGUCUCAGAUGGAUUUACUUGGGAUUUGGUUGCUCAGAUAUUGUGUGAACAAGGGAGAUCCAAGAGUGUUGUUAAAUUGAUGGAAACAGGUGUUGAAAGCUGCAAGAUCUACACCAAUCUUGUGGAAUGUUAUAGUAGAAAUGGAGAGUUUGAUGCGGUGUUUAAUGUAAUUCAUGAGAUGGAUAAUAAGAAACUAGAGUUGAGUUUCUCUUCUUACAGUUGCGUAUUGGAUGAUGUUUGUAGACUGGGAGAUGCGGAGUUGAUGGGUAAGGUUCUUGGAUUGAUGGUAGAAAAAAAGUUUCUUGCUGUAGAUGCUUCGGCCGUGAAUGAUGAAAUCAUCGAAAGACUUUGCGAUAUGGGAAAAACGUUCGCCUCUGAGAUGCUUUUCCGUAAAGCCUGCAAUGGUGAAACAGUGAGGCUGCGAGAUGGGACUUACGGUUGUAUGUUAAAAGCACUGUCUAGAAAAGGGAGAACAAAAGAAGCUGUUGAUGUAUAUCGAUUGAUUUGUCGGAAAGGUAUUACAGUACUUGAUGAGAGUUGUUAUACAGAAUUCGCAAAUGCUCUCUGCAGAGAUGAUAAUAGCCCAGAGGAAGAACUGGAAUUACUAGUAGAUGUUAUAAAGCGCGGAUUUGUUCCUUGUACACGCAGGUUAUCAGAAGUUUUAGCAUCUCUGUGUCGGAAAAGAAGAUGGAGGCACGCAGAGAAGCUUCUUGAUUCAGUUAUGGAAAUGGAAGUUUAUUUCGACUCCUUUUCAUGCGGGAUAUUGAUGGAACGUUACUGCAGAAGCGGGAAGUUAGACAAAGCGAUGGAACUUCAUGAAAGGAUAAAGAAGAUGAAAGGAAGUUUAGAUGUGAAUGCUUAUAACGCGGUUCUUGAUCGGCUUAUGAUGAGGCAAAGAGAAAUGGUGGAAGAAGCGGUUAGAGUGUUUGAGUACAUGAAAGAGAUGAAAUCAGUGAACAGCAAGAGUUUUACGAUUAUGAUUCAAGGGUUGUGUCAUGUGAAGGAGAUGAAGAAAGCUAAGCAAUCUCAUGAUGAAAUGUUGAAAUUGGGGAUGAAACCUGAUCUAGCUACCUAUAAGCGUGUUAUCUAUGGUUUCAAAUGAAUACAUUUGGUUCAGUCUGAGAUUUGAAGAUCAUCUAAAUCAAUAAAGCAUAUAAUCAUUCAAGUUGUACAAAAGUCUAAUCUGUAAAAAGAACGUUACAACAAAUACCAAAGAGAGUUUUCAA